CGAGAUAGCUUUCGGUCUUCUCACUGCUAUCUGCGUGUAGGUCCAAUUCAUCAGUGUCGCGCUGUCAAGCAUGAUAAUCCCAAACACGGAAAACAGCUUCAAACUAAGAUAUGACUCAUAAAGAUGAAGUGGUCUACCCCAGUCGCCCUUGGUUGUUCAGCAAUUGAUGAUGUUCUUAUCGCUGGCACUCUGGUCUAUAUUCUUCACAGAAAUAGAACUGAAUUCCGAAGAACUAACCAAAUGAUCACGAAACUCAUAAUUUUCAGCUCACAGACCGGUUUGAUUACAACCGUGGCGGCAUCCAUCACCAUAGGAAUUUGGGUAUUUUUCCGCCUCGAUGUUGAACAUCUAUAUAUGUGUUUUCCCAUGGGAGGCUUAUAUGCUACAUGUCUUCUCUCCAACUUCAUUGCCCGGGAAUCCUACCUGCAGCCACAGACAAUCCGCGAAACCGAGAUUUCCGGAAUCAGUUUUGGCCGUUUCACGCAGGAAGUUCAUAUGAACUUGGAUUCACAUUCGUUAUCAGACACGAGAUCUAGGCAACAGGAGACAUUGGUAAUGGAAGGAGGCGGAGUUUCCGACUCUAUUCUAUUGCAAGCGUCCUCAAAAUAAGUCUUUACGUCAAAGUGGUUAUAGCUCUUAAUCCUUAUAAAAGAGCCUCCUCCUUGUUCCAUCGAAUCCGAGAAGUUCCCCAGGAAGGAAGGAAUUCUCCACCUGGAAACCGAGCUCAACGAAUUUCUCGACUGG